UGGCGGGCUGGAGCUAUACGUCCCUGGGCCAGGCGCCGGACCUCGGGGAACUGUUCUGCCCCGGGGGGCUGUGAGGGUCGCACGGUAACCCACCCGCUGGGUCUGCGCGGCCUGAGCGCCCAGGGGAAGCGCCCGCGCGGCGAGGGGCGGGGCUUGCGGCAGGGGCCGCUCGACGCGCUCGGCGCUCGUCAGGCUGCCCUGCGUGCGGCGCUCGGCGGUUCCGGGGCUGCCGGCAUGUCGACCGCCAUGAACUUCGGGUCCAAGAGCUUCCAGCCGCGGCCCCCGGACAAGGGCAGCUUCCCGCUGGACCACUUCGGCGAGUGCGAGCACUUCAAAGAGCGGUUCUUGAAGUGCCUGCGGGACCGUCGCUUUGAAAAUGCUCUGUGCAGAAGCGAGUCGAGAGACUACCUGCAGUGCCGGAUGGACAGGCGACUGAUGGCACAGGAACCACUGGAAAAGCUGGGCUUUGGAGAUUUGACGGGCGGAAAGUCAGAGGCAAAGACCCAGGUUUGACGGCAGGACCAGGCCAUGUCUUCCAUGCAGUCCAGAGCCCGUCGUCUAACCCUGUCACCUGGCAUCCCCUGGUGAGGCAGCGUGACUCGGAAGGCCCUGGAGGUAGUCCUUCAAAAUCAAGACAGACACCCACCUCAGUGGGUGAGGCUUGUAUCCAGGGACACAGUUCAUGUUCUGAAGCUCCUCGGAUUGUUUUGAAAAAUUAUUCUUUUAGAUUCUCUUCCACCUGAGUGGGAGGUUUAUCUUUAAAUCUAUGCAUGUGGCAGAGUUCCUAGGGGUGCUCUGCCAGGUGGGAGGCUCCUCAGAGUGGGCUUGAGCCACCUGUGCAUGGUGAUUGCACAUCACAAUAAAUACGCCGCACAGAGCCCCAAUCCGGGCGGCCUCAGCUUCAGUCCGUCGUCCACACGACUGUCUGAGAACCUUCCCUGGCAAAGUAGCUUGUUUUGUACUUAAGUGCUUGUUCAUGUCCUUUUUGCUCUUAAACAGAAAUAGAGUACAAUUGAAGAGGAUCGUCUGUCCUCUUAUUUUCUGGUACUGUCUGAAUACCAUGUAUUUGUCUAAUCAGAAGGUUGUUUUCUGAUUUUUAUCAGACUGUUUAUAAAACUAGAUGUCUGCUAUCA